AUGCCGACUGGCUCCGUCCUAGAGUUGCAGCAAAAACUGUUCAAGCGGAUUGGUGUUGAGUCACUGCCGCGGAGGCAAGGACCCGCAACGAGGAGUCGUCAUGGCUCAUUUCAGUCUCUUGCACGGAAAGAGGAACGCAGAUCAAAAAGAACACGGAGGAAAGCCCAGAGAUACUCGAAGCAUCCUCCGGCGUCAGUGACGGAAACCGUGGAGAGCAAUAAAGGGUAUGAUGGACGUGGAAAACCAUCUGCAAUACACCUUCAUUCAACAUCCGAAUUUUCGCCAAAGGCGGAGGAGGACAUGUUCAUGGGCCAUGACACAGCCAGCGGUUCCUCAGAUGAGACCGAGGGUUGGGAUGACUCGCUUGAUAAAGACCUUGCGGAGAAGCCUAAACAGUCGCCAAAGGGAGGGUCGAUAUCCAAGACUCUCAAGGACAAGCUUGCUCAAGAUGAUGCUGAUAUCGAAGAAUUUGAGAGGAAGCUUGGUAUGAGAAAGGGUCGUCGAUCUCUACCGCAAGCGUUCAAAGACGAUGGCCUUGAUGAAAUAAUCGGCGAAAUCGGUGAAGAUACUGCCAGUAGUGAAGAUGAGGUGAAGAAGCGGAAGCGUGCGUAUGAUGACUGGCUCUCCUUGAAAAGAAGAAAAUCCGAGUCCGAGCCUAUUGCACAGCCCUUCUCUGUUCGGGCAUCUGGGCAGAGCUACGAAUCGAUUAGGGACGGCUCUGUGGAUGAUCUCACCGACGACAGCUCAGCGCAUUACUCUGAUUUGCCUUACGACGACCCCGAGGAUAGCCAUGGCCGAGGCAUUGAUCACCGCCGUCGAGUCGGUGGCGAACCUGGCACGACGGUUGCUGAGUAUGCCAAUCACAGAGUCGAUGAGCCUGGUGGCAACGACGAAUCCAUCAGAAGUGUCGACCCCCCUGAAAGAGAGAACCCCUAUGUUGCGCCAACCGAAGGGAAGUCCAUCUUCAAGUACAUCCCUCCUUCGCGACGCCAUGGAGGUGCAGGGUCAGAGCACCAAGCCCAGUCUCAUCUGCAAAAGAGACUUCGUGGCUUAGUUAACCGAUUGACUGACGCCAAUAUCAUAUCGAUUUUGCAAUCUGUUGAAGAAAUAUAUCAGUCAAAUGCUCGAGGAGAAGUUACGGAGAUACUUACUGAUUCUAUCCUGGCCCAAAUGCGCAGAGCAGAAAGCCUCAAUGACCAAUUCUUCGUUUUAGUGGGCGGGUUUUCCGCCGCAGUUUACAAGAUUACGGGUUCCAGCUUUGCGUCACAUAUGGUGCGACGUGUAGUCAACGAGUUCGGCGAAUAUUAUGGCCAAGCCUCGGAUCAUGGCGGCAGCCACCAAGGGUUAACAAAGGAGUCCUCCAACUUCCUCACCUUCCUCACACAGCUAUAUGUUUUCGACGUGAUUAGCUGUAGAAUCAUCUUUGAUUUCAUGGAAAAACUACUGGACAGCCUUUCUGAGCUGAAUGUGGAAUUACUGCUAAGAGUCUGUCGAAUGGCUGGAAAGCUGUUGCGAAGAGAUGACCCUCAAGCACUCAAGCAUGUUUCUUAUGUGUUGAACUCUUCCGUCAACAAGCUUGGGUAUACGAAUGUCUCAGUACGCACGAAGUUCAUGAUUGAGACAAUUCAGGGCUUGAAGAAUAGCAAGCCCAGAGCCAAGGGAAUGGACUCCGCCAUAGUGUCUGAGCACGUUCUUCGCAUGAAAAAGCGUCUUGGUGAACUGAAAUCGCAGUCUCGGAGGCUGGAAGGACUUGCGCCAAUGGGCAUUGGCCUCAAAGAUAUUGAGACCAUAGACAAGCACGGCAGGUGGUGGCUUGUUGGCGCCAGCGUGCCAACGUACCACGAUGCGGAAGAAAGGGCGAAAAUAAUAUCUGCCGCUGCAGAAAGUGGCCAUGAGAACACGCUGGAUGAUGAGGACAUGGAUUUUGUUCUACCGGAUUAUCCAAGCAAGGCAAAGGCGCAAGGUCUCAAUACGACUGCCCAGGUCGCCAUUUUUACGGCUAUCAUGUCGGCACUCAACUACGAACAUGGCUAUCGCCAAUUCGUAGGGCUAAAACUAAAAAGAGAUGAACAGUUGGAAAUCACUCGGGUUCUUGUCCAAUGUGUUGGAAGCGAACCCAGCUACAAUGAAUAUUACGCAUUGGUUGGGGGUCAGGCAUGCGUAAAUAGCAGGAUACGAUUUGCGUUUCAAGAUCGCCUCUGGAAAACGUUUCGAAACUUAGGCGAAUCCCUCUUUGGUGAGGGAGCAGAGGCUGAUGAAGUGUCGGGAGGAGAAGGCCUGAGAAGCGAGCGUCGGUUGGGUAAUAUGGCUCAGUUCUACGCGUCACUUGUUGCGAAUGGCCAUCUGAGUAUCAGCCUUCUCAAACCUUUGGAUCUCCCCGGCUUGAACCAAUGGUCGGCGUUGUUUGUGGAGCUGUUCCUUCUGAGUCUACUCAGGGAAUGCAAAAGGAAGAAGACUAAUGAAGAUAUGAAAGUGGAGAGCGUUUUUGGGCCUGCCAAGGGCCAGCCUUCUCUUGCUGCCAAUCUGCAUUGGUUUCUCAGAAAGAGAAUUCCCAAGUCUAAACAUGUGCGGGACAGGGAGCGCAAGUCAAUGCAGCUGGUAUGGGAGAAGGCGCAAGAAACCGUACAUGAAUCUAAAAAAGCUGGUUAA